UUUUGUUGGCUAUUUUGGCGUCAAAACAAUUUUUAAACAAAAUUUGGAUCAAUGUCUUCAGAAGAUCAGGAUAUUUCAAGGAUUUUUUCUCAAAAAGUUGAACGUCGAUUUCAACGGGACUUUGGACGAUUUAUUGGUGGAGGUCAUCAUUCUAGUAGAUACACAUCAACUCCAAACGAACUUAAACGGAUUACACAAAGUACAGACAAUUCUUUAAAUGUUAAAUUAAUUGAAGCUAAAGAAGAAAUUGAUUCUCUUCACCGAAAGUUAAAUUCUAAAAAUGAAGAAAUUGAACGGUUAAAAGCUGUUGAGAAUACUUCUAAAGCAAAAAUUGAGGAAUUAAAUAUUCAAUUGGAUGAAUUAAAAAUGGAAAUUGAUAAAGGAAAACGAAAAAGUUUUGAUUUUAGUGAAGACAAGUCAAAAGAGAGGUUACUUCUAAGCGAUUAUCGAAAUGCUUUGUCAAAAUACAAAACUUGGGCCGAAUUUGCUGACAAACAAUUAAAUGAAAUGAAGGUUAUUUUGAAAGAAGUUGGUGGAUGGACUGAAGCAAAUCGUUAUAGAAUUUAUUUUGCUUAUAGAGGAAUUGCUCCAGAAAUGGUUACAGACGAGAUGGUCGCUUCACUCACGAAUGGAUCAAUUAUCAACUAUCCAGGAAAUAUUGAAAAUAUUGAGGGAAUUACAGCUUCAGAAUAUCGACCAAGAUUUCACUGUAUAUCCACACAAACUGAAGGAACUUCUCCUUCAGAGGAAAACAAAUUUGCAAAACCUUUACCUCCACAAAAUUCUUCUAGUGAAGGAAUGUCUGCAAAUGAACUGCGACUUCUUGACUGUGAGCGUCAAAUUGAACAACUUGAAAUUCAGAAUGCACAAAUGCGUGAACAAUUGAUUAUUUUUGGUGAUCGUGCUAAAAAUGUAGAAUUGUUGGAAGAACAAAAAGAUGACUUAAAAUUGCAACUUUCAAUACUUGUUCGACAAAAUCAAAAAUUACUCGAAGAACAAGAGCAAUUUAAAUCAGCAUUUUCUGGUGGAGAAGAACAACUUAGAUUAAAAAAUGAGCACUUAACAAAAAGAUUGAAGAUUUUAGAAGAUCAAAGAGAAGGUUUAAGUUUGGCAGAAUCUCGUCGCAUUGCCAAAAUUUUUAAGCAAAAAUAUGAAAAGGAAAUGGCACAACUCCGAAGCAAACUUGAAGAAUAUGAGAAAGGUUCUGAUACAACAAGAAUUUGUCGUUUUGUUCAACGCAAUCCUUUGGAUGAAGCACAUGACGACCAUUUAGUUAAACAAGUAGCUGCUGAGGCUACUGCUGCUGCGAAAUUUGGUGUUAAUUCUUUGAAGAGACGCAAAAUGGAAGACGAUAUUGAUUCUUCUCAACCAGCAAAUAAUUCUGAUUUAACAUUUUUGGUUGAAGAAGAAGAAAACGAAGAAGAUCCUUCUACAAUUCGUGAACUUCGUCUUCAAUUAGCAAAUGUCAAAACUUUGGUUGAACAAAAUGAACAAAGUAAUUCUGAAUAUUUGGCUCAAUACAAAGAAUUUGUUAAACUUUUGUGUGGUUAUGAUAUUCGUUUUGGAGAAGAUGGUUUUUGUGAAGCUGAAAAUAUUCUUUCAAAAGAUUGCACUUUUCUUUUUCAAAAACAACAAAUUCCAUUAGAUGUUGAAUGUACUAGUAGUACACAAAUAACAACUGGUGCAGGUAUUGAUCUUUUGGAUAGUGAAAGUGCUCGACAAUGGAAGGAUGUUUUGGAGAAUUAUUUGGUUUGGAAUUUUUAUUUUUUUUAAUAUUUAAAAAUGGGAUAAACUGUCCACAAUUUUUAGAAUUAUAAUAGGCGUAACCAAGGGGCUCCUUGCACCACUAUAAAAUACUUUGUACGUAGGAUUGUUGUUUUCAAACCUAACCGAAAACCCAGAAUUUUUGGUCCGGUUUCGAUUAACUGAGGAAUCUGGUGAAACUGACAAUCCUAAAUUGUAAUGAACAAGGGAUAAUGGCUGUAUAAAAAUGAUUAUUAGGCUGG